AGAUAAGAGCGAUAUAACCAUGAUGGCCUCAUCCGGACCAGUAGGGACUGCAGGGUCCCUCCCACAAGCCCCGCCUAAACCUUGGUGGACUAGUCAAUUAGACGACUGCUACAAGAAGCUACAGGCUAAUAAUCAGAGGUGUAUCAGGAACAAUAAUGAGAAAAAUAAAAAGCAUUACAUGGAUUCUCAGAGAAAGUACGUACAAGCGGUCCAGAGCCACCAGGCUGCCUACACAACCAAUCUCAUCCAAAUGAUGCAAUACUGUCCAUCAGGUCAGUUCUGGACCCUCAGACAGCAGCAGCAGACUUCCUUCGCUCUCCCUAUGUCACCAGUCAUCAACAACACUCACCACAGCUUCAGAGCCAACAACAGCAGCAGCAGUGUGGGGUCGGACGAAGCUUACUAUAAGGAGGUGGAGAACCACCCAGAGGAGGAGGGGGACUCAUAGAGAGGUUCAUACAUUGCAGAACUGUUAUUUAUUGAUGGGUUUACAUUCUUACAGCACUAUUUACAUUUCUUGACGGAUUGUGUUGUCAAGAUAGUUGCUGAACUGAUGAAAUAUUUACUUAUUUAUGUGGUACAGAAAUCGAAACCAAAGCAAAAUUUGCGCCGUCAAUAAAUUAUUACAGGAAUAUACUGAUCUUUGGAUCGACUAAAUAUUAGAUUCCAGGAAGAUUAUAGAUACAGUAAAUGUUUCCAACGUGUGGAUUUAGUACUUUAUGGUUAGUUAGUAGAAAAGCUGGACGCUAACAGCUGGAAAUGGAAUGACUCUGAAAGCUCAAAUAUAGAAGCCAGCUUUUUGCAGCUGUGGUAUAGUAAGAUUAUUUAUUGGAAUCAUCAACUUUUACACUAGCUUUUUUAUUUGGUAUUAGUUCAUACUUCUAUUAUAACCUCAUUGUUAUCUUAUUGAUUAGUUUUGUAAUACAGAUUGUUUUCUUGACUUCGAACUAAUCAGUUCUCAUUCAAGUUGGACAGCUUUUUCGUUUCAUUGUAAUUUAUAAGUGAGCACAGUGCACGAUUUGUUUAAUUCAAAACGAGCACACUUCAAAUAUUUAGUAACUGACAAUUUAACGUGGAUAAAAUUGCAGCGCCUAUUUGACAUGGGUAUGGGAGUAGAAGAGGGUUACAAGGAGUUUGUCCAGUAUCAUGAACAACAGCUCCGUCAUGUUGGAUUCCCAGAGGAAGCGUGGAGACAGGUUUACGAGAAGUUACAGCCGCGCACUCUCCACGACAUCAACAAGGGACUUGAAGUGAGGGAUGGGAAAGUGGUGGCUUCCAAACCUCACCAGCCAUUCAGUUGUGUUUAUAUAGUGCCCCACCUGUGGACUGGUGAUGGUGGAGCUCAGUCGUUUGCUGCGUUAGAAGAUGACAUUGACCAACCUGCCAAGUUACUUGAUAUGAUGGGAGAUAGUGAAGCACACUCCUCAGUGAUCCCUGGUGGUAAUUCUGAUAUCAUGCAGGAGAUAGCACAGAUGACUGGCUCUUCUGAGGAAGCUGCUAAAGCUGCUUACAACGAAGCUAAAGGAGACCUCGUCAAUGCAGUUGUUCUUUUAAACGGUAAUAAUAAAAACGCAGAGGGGAACAAAAUCGCCAAUGCUUUAGGUCUCGAAGACAAAAACAAAACAAUAUCGUUUGCAGAGUUCAAGUUAGCUAUCACCGAUCAGAAAUCAGAAUACCAGUUGGAGCAGAUGUACAAGGAUUUUGUGAGAAAGAAACAAGCAGCGCUCGGCGAGGACGGUUUUGGGACAACAUCCAACUAUAAGUGGGAGGAUGACGCGGAGGAGCACGUGAUUACAGUCACUAUUCCUGUUCCUCCAGGAACUAAACGAGGGGAUGUCAUCAGCAAAAUCACUACCAAACGCUGGACUUUUGGGAUAAAAGGGCAACCCCCCAUUAUUUAUGGCAGUUUCGCUGGGAUAGUUCAGCCUGAUGAAUGCACCUGGUACUUCGAGAAGGGGACUGAUAACAUCAUAGCAAGUAUCCAGAAGAGUGACAACGAGGAGUUUAUGUGGCAAAAUCUAAUCGUCGGAGAGGAGAAAAUAAGCGAGAGAUUCUUAGAAUAUGAGCGGAGGAAGAACCUUGUCAAAGCACUAGACAGGCUGUGGUACAAUGCUCUAACUUAUCAAGCCGUUACCCCAGAGGGAACCCAGGCUCACAACUGGUACCUUCCCCCUCAGACUGUCUCCAAAAUGCUGCACAGUGAGACCCCAAACUUUAAACUAGCUCCCUUCUGGUCUUGCUAUGGCGGGAAAGUGUUGACCUUGUUGUGGCCAGUUAAGACAAUCAAGGUCAGGGAAACCUGUACUUUGGAGAAGAAUCGUGUUCUGUACACGGGGGAACCUGAUUUGCAGCGUGAGGCUAGGAUCUGGGCUGCAAAUCCUGCCAAUAUUUCUAAACCUGUCCCCAAAUCAUUCACCUCCCAGUAUGAGAAUCUGAACCCCCCGUUUACUCACAAGGUCACUGAUUGGAAUUUACCUGAGGAUGAUGUUUUGUCUGAAAGUGAAAAUGUUGAAGAGCUCACCAUAGUAACCAGCAUGAAUUUGAGUGAUGUUGCUAAGACAGAACUGAAGAAAUUGGGUGUUGUAGUGAGUGAGGGUGUUGUCUCCAGCGAGGAGGUGCCGGAGACCUAUAUCUGUCACUGGAAACAGUUCCGUGAAGACCGGACUGGAAUCUCAAAUGUUAAUAGUUUCGACCCCACUUUUACUAAUCUUAUUCGUCUUAACACUUUCGUGAGAAGCUCGUUCGGAAAUGUCAGUUGGUGGCCGAGUGGGUAUCAUCUAAACAAGGAGCUACCAGCAAUCCUUGCUUUCCCACCUUCCUGGGAAGCGCAGUGGCUGUUACGGUGCAGUGAAAAGGCUGCAGCUUCAGUCAUAACUAAUUCCCCUGCUCGCUUGGGGAAGAUGUGCGAGAACAGUUUGAACUACUUCGCUCAGCCUUAUGUGAACUCGGUUACAAUUGACAACUGCCAGUGCAGCCUUGAGUUCACCUUGGUGAUAAGGAACAAUAAGUGUUUUGUCUCCAGUAUCCCCGCUGUCCACAUUAGCAGGAAACCUGUCAAUGAUAUGGAAGAAAAUCAUUAUCUUAUUGAUCACUACAUUUCUCGAAGCGACGGUAGUAACUUUCCCUCCGCAUUAUGGUCCAGGUUCCUCGUUGAGUUCAGUUUAAACGAAGCAUGGCCCGUCACAGAGAGCAAGAUUCAUCAUAUGAUUCACGACUUAUUUAGCAGUUUCGUGAAGAAGACUUCGCAGGUUCAUUGCUACGGAAUUCAAGUAAUCAUAACCUCAAGUCUAGAGGUUAAACUAGUUGGAGUAAGACCAAGUCCCACCUAUUUCCCCUCUCUUGAACACUUAGCUGCUGCUUGGAAGUUGUUGUUUUGUAGACCAUUACCGGUUGUGAAGGGCUUCCGAAAUAUUUUCAACGCUUCUGUUGAAUAGUUGGCAAGUAGCCAACUGUUUUACAUUUUGGGGUAUUAUUACAAUCGAGUUAUUCUUUUUUGAAUCAAAGGGCUUACUACUGAUUGAGGUAGAUUUUUGUAGUUUUUAUAAUGUGUCUAGAUUACGCUUUUAGAUGAUAUUUAUAGCUUUUAGUUGUGCUGCAGACUUAAUUUCUAUUCAAAUAUAGAUUUUAAAACAUAUAACGCCCAUAUUCUGAAACAUUAUAUAGUUUUUGAAUAAUUCGUCAUGAAUCGAACUAUGUUAUUUACUGUUUGAGGAUCUACAUCUUGUGACGUCAUCACUUGUGACGUCAUCACAUCUCCUUGGAUCAUAACAAAAUAUGAUGUAUAUUACAUUAACGUACUAUGAUCACACUCGCACAUGUAUGAUGUUUCAUUAGUGUUAUUAUGACGAAACGAAGUU